AUGAAGUUCCAGGCCAUCGCCCUGUCCGCUUUCGCCGGCGGCGCCGCAGCGCAGCUCGGCAUGGGCCGUCCCCCGAGCCCCCACGACCAGGCCAAGGCGACGCUCGUCGAAGACUUCAAGUGGCGCGACCCCUUCACCGAGGCCACCUCGUCGCUCUUCACCCCCGCCUGCGAGGUGACCAAGACCUUCCCCGCCCAACAGUACACCCUGCACCAGCUCUACGACAAGCAGCCCCUGGGCAUGUGGUCCUGGGCCGAGGGUCUCAAGGAGGUCUUCAGCGAGCGCGAGUACCCCGGCGGCUUCUCCGGCCUCGACCGCCACGGCUGGGACAGAUACAUCCUGCUCAUGGACUACGCCGACGUGCCACUGCGCGCCAAGCAGUGGAUCGAGGCCCAGGCCUCCGGCAAGACGGCAGACCACGGCCUGUUCGCCCUCUUCCAGAAGCCCAAGGACAAGCACCAAAAGGUCGACGACCAGGUCGUCGUGCCCGAGGCCGGCCUCGACCGCGCCGACGACGCCUCGCGCGUCGUCCUCUUCGCCCCGGGCGCCCUGUACAAGAUUCUUCCCCUUUUCGUCGCCGAGUCGAGCGACUGCGCCGCGACUGACAUGAUCCCAGACGUUCUCGAGGACCUCUCCAAGUACUCGCCCGACGCCGUCGACGGCGGCGUUGUCGCCUGGCCCAUCUCCCACUCGCGUCCCAACCUCAGGGAAAAGAAGAGGGACAUUGAGAUUGUCAUCAAGGCCCAAGUCCUCAAGGCCAAUGAGCCGGCCGCCAAGGCCGACGCCGACGCUGAGCCUGAGGCCAAGACGGUGACCAAGGAGGAGCUGUGA